AUGGAACGUGUUUGGGAUCGUCUACGCCUAUCGGAGGCCGAACGCACUUCCCAGUGCAUUCAAUAUUGUCUGCGUGCCGACUCCAGACUCGUGCCUUUGGAGAUAGGGGUCUUAACAACUCGUGUCGUUGAGCUGUGGGAGCAUGCCUCUGCGUUGGUCGUCCAACGCGAAGAAGUUAUGAGCAAGUUGGCGGCUCUCGAGUUCGCUAUACUACACCCACAGUAUGUUAAGCUUCCACGUAAGUACACGUUUUUCGACUUGUCCUUCUUCCUUUUAUUCUUCGCCACCCUCUCAUUCUAA